GCCGGGAGGGAAGCAGGAAGUGACUGCGGAGCUCCCGGCCGUCAGCGCAGCGCGGGGCUCAUGGAAGUGGAGAGGGGGCUGGAGAAAGCACCGUAUGGUAUCCAGUAUGCUCCAAGGCCACAGUUCUGUGUUCCAGGCCCUGCUGGGGACCUUCUUCACCUGGGGAAUGACCGCGGCUGGGGCAGCACUUGUGUUUGUGUUCUCUACUGGACAGAGGCGGAUCUUAGAUGGAAGCCUUGGCUUUGCUGCAGGGGUCAUGUUAGCAGCUUCUUAUUGGUCCCUGCUGGCCCCAGCGGUUGAGAUGGCCAUGUCCUCUGGAGGCUUUGGUGCCUUUGCCUUCUUUCCUGUGGCUGUUGGCUUCACCGUCGGAGCUGCUUUCGUCUACUUGGCUGACCUGCUGAUGCCUCACCUGGGUGCAGCAGAAGACCCUCAGACAGUCUUGGCACUGAACUUCGACCCUAAGCUGAUGAAGAAGUCCGACCCUGAGGGUCCUGCGCUGCCCUUUCCCGAGAGUGAACUUUCCAUCCGGAUAGGUAGAGCUGGGCUUCUUUCAGACAAGAGUGAGAAUGGCGAGGCAUAUCAGAGGAGGAGGGCUGCCACCCUUGCGGGGGUCCCUGAAGCCCCCGUGCCUUCUCGGGGGCACCCAGGACAGCCUGGAGGCGGCAGCUGGAGGAGAAUCGCACUGCUCAUCUUGGCCAUCACUAUACACAACGUGCCAGAGGGUCUUGCUGUUGGAGUUGGAUUUGGGGCCAUAGAAAAGACUGCAUCUGCCACCUUUGAGAGUGCUAGGAAUUUAGCCAUUGGAAUUGGUAUCCAGAACUUCCCAGAGGGCCUCGCCGUCAGCCUGCCCUUGCGAGGGGCUGGCCUCUCCACCUGGAGAGCUUUCUGGUAUGGGCAGCUGAGCGGCAUGGUGGAGCCUCUGGCCGGCAUCUUUGGGGCCUUUGCGGUGGUGCUCGCAGAACCCAUCCUGCCCUAUGCGCUGGCCUUUGCUGCUGGGGCCAUGGUCUAUGUGGUCAUGGACGACAUCAUCCCGGAAGCCCAGAGCAGUGGUAAUGGAAAAUUGGCAUCGUGGGCCUCCAUCCUGGGCUUUGUGGUGAUGAUGUCCUUGGAUGUUGGCCUGGGCUAGUGCUGAGAUGCAGCUGUUGGGACAGCAGUGAUUGGCUUCCAUGGAACCACAGCGUCUUUCUUCACAUUAAAACGUUCUUCCUCUCUUCCCUCUUCAUCUCAUUAUCCUGAUUGACUCUGACUAUAAUAUGAUCUUUUUGCUUUUCUUUUGAGGGAGACUUUGGUUUUAUUUGGGAUUUCAAGGUGUCUAGAAUAACAGGUUUUUGUUUUGGCCACUG